AUGCAUCCAAUUUUGGACUUGCCAGAAGGUUUCAAGGUGCCUUAUUUUGAAUUGUUCAAUGGAACGGGUAACCCCAAAGCCCAUUUGCGGGCCUACUGUGACCAACUGGUCGGUGUCCGAGAUAAUCAGGUGCUUAUUAUAAGGCUAUUCAGCUGGAGUUUGAUCGGAGAAGCCUUCGAGUGGUUCACAGUGCAAGACAUACAUCGUUGGGUCACAUGGGAAGAUAUGGUUGCGGCCUUCAUGGAGAGAUUCUAUUUUAAUAUGGAAAUAGUAUCGGAUCGGUACUACUUGGAGAAAGUAAAACAAAAAUCCACCGAAAACUUUCGUGAGUAUGCAAGUAGGUGGAGAACGGAAGCCGCUCGAGUAAAACCACCAAUGGGCGAAGAAGAAUUAGUCUCGAUUUUCAUCCGUUCUCAAGAAUCGGAUUUCUAUGACCGUAUGUUUUUAAUGGCAGGCAGGCCAUUUUCUGAACUCAUCAAAAUGGGAGAGGCCACAGAGGAUGGUCUCAAAACAGGACGGAUCAUAAGUGUAGCUGGGAAAGCUGCCGGAUCAACCUCGAUCGGGUUCGUAAGAAAGAAGAAGGAAGACGUGGCAAGCAUUUCCCAUACUCCCAGCCCUAGAUAA